AUGGCUCUCAGUUAUUCGCCAACAUGCCUGGCUGUUGGUUCCGAGCUGACAGUCCAGCGCAGCAUCCCCACGAAUUUCGCCUCCAAACGUAACCAAAAUGGCGGCAUUGAUCUCCUCCAAUGGAAGGGCUCCACGUCGCACCUCAAGGCACGACGGCAUUCCGCAGCAACGGCAGCGCGCACUGCGAAAGUGGUCGCUAUGGCGGGAAAAAAAGGGAAGAAAGGCGGGGGAGGCGGCGGAAGAGCCGGCGGAGGCGGUGGCGGAGGCGGCGCAGGUGCCGGCGGAGGCGGCGGAGGCGGCGGCGGGAAGCUGAAGUCGGCGGGCAGCAAGGCUCCGUCCGCGGAGCGCGGGACGGCGUAUCAGAACGAGACGCGGAAGAUCAUCCUCAGCGUGGCGCCCAACGGCAAGGAGAUCCUAAAGAACAUCAGCCUGGGCAUGUACCUGGGCGCCACUUUACGUGGCGCCGAAUGGCAAGGCGAUUCUGAGGAACAUCAGCCUGGGCAUGUACCUGGGGUGAUCUUUCUCCCUCCUCUCCCCCAUUCCACCUCCUCCACCCGCUGCCAUACCCGUGGUCACCCCUGUGACCAAGCAGGUGGCCCCCAACGGCAAGGAGAUCCUAAAGAACAUCAGCCUGGGCAUGUAUAUGGGCGCCAAGAUCGGCUUCCUGGGGGCCAAGCCUUCUCCCUCUUACCAGGUUCAUCCCACUCCCAUCUCCCUCCCCCCCCCACCUCUCCGCCCCCCCAGGUGGCCCCGAAUGGCAAGGAGAUCCUAAAGAACAUCAGCCUGGGCAUGUACCUGGGCGCCAAGAUCGGCUUCCUGGGGGCCAACGGGGCGGGCAAGAGCUCCCUCAUGCGCCUUCUCGCGGGGAAAGACACGACGUUUGAGGGGGAUUAUUACAUCGAUCCGAGCAUCAAGAUUGGGUACCUGGAGCAGGAGCCGCUGCUGGAUGAUGGGGUCACUGUUAUGGAUAAUAUCGAACCUGCUCUUAAGGAGACCAAGGAUUUGCUUCAGGAGUUUGAGGAGGUGAGUGUAGCGAUGGCAUCAGCAGGCGAUGCUGAAAUGGACAAGCUGAUGGCUCAAAUGGAGCGCCUGCAGACCCGCCUCGACGCCUGCAACGGCUGGGAGCUCGACAGGCAGCUUCAGAGGGCCAUGGACGCAUUACGCUGCCCCUCCGGUGAGGCCCCCGUGGCGAAUCUGAGUGGCGGGGAGAGGAGGCGCGUGGCCCUGUGCCGCCUGCUGCUGCAGGCGCCGGACAUUCUCUUUCUGGACGAGCCCACGAACCAUCUCGAUGCGGAGGCAGUGGCAUGGCUGGAGCGGUAUCUGGCGGAGUUCAAAGGCACUGUCGUUGCCAUCACUCACGACCGCUACUUCCUUGAUAAUGUCGCAGGGUGGAUUCUGGAGCUGGAUCGCGGGCAGGGCAUUCCCUUUGAGGGCAACUACUCGGCCUGGCUCGAGAACAAGUCGCAGCGGUUGGGGACGGAGGAGCGGCAGCAGUCGGCGCUGCAGCGGGUUAUGGAGCGGGAGAUGGAGUGGAUUCGACAGAAGGCCAAGGGGCAACAGAAGAAGGGCAAGGCGCGCAUGCGAGCAUAUGAGGAGUUGGUUAUCCAAGCUGGCCAGUACUCACGGGAGGAGAAGCUGGAGAGCAUGUUUCUGCCCCCGGGGCCGCGGCUGGGAGACGUGGUGGUGGAGGCGGAGGGGGUGGCCAAGGCGUUUGGGGAGAGGGUUCUUAUGGAUGGGGUCAACUUCAGCCUGCCGCCUGGAGGCAUUGUGGGAGUGAUUGGUGGCAAUGGUGCCGGCAAGUCGACCCUCUUCCGCAUGAUUGUGGGGCAGGAUAGCCCCAAUGAGGGCACUUUGCGAGUGGGAGACACGGUGGCGCCGCUCUAUGUGGACCAAUCGCGCGACGCGCUGGAUCCGAACAAGACGGUCUUUGAGGAGAUCACGGGCGGCGCAGAUGAGAUCCUGCUGGGCGAGCGGAAGGUGAACAGCCGGGCGUACUGUGCGUGGUACAACUUCAAGGGGGCGGACCAGCAGAAGAAGGUGGGAGUGCUGUCGGGCGGCGAGAGGAACCGCGUGCACCUGGCGCGCAUCAUGCGGCGCGGAGGCAACCUGCUCAUGCUGGACGAGCCCACCAAUGACCUCGAUGUGGACACGCUCAGGGCGCUGGAGGAUGCGAUUCAGGGGUUUGCGGGAUGCGUGAUUGUCAUCUCUCACGACCGCUGGUUCUUGGAUCGCAUUGCCACGCACAUCAUGGCCUUUGAAGGCGACUCCAAGCCCACGAAUGAUCUUGAUGUGGACACGCUCAGGGCGCUGGAGGACGCGAUUCAGGGGUUUGCGGGAUGCGUGAUUGUCAUCUCUCGCGACCGCUGGUUUCUGGAUCGCAUUGCCACGCACAUCAUGGCCUUUGAAGGCGACUCCAAGCUUGAGAUUGCAUGA